AUGGGAGCUCACCAUGAUGUCAUUAAUCCCGUGGAAGAGCUUUGGUCACUCGACCACGGAAAAUCUAUUUAUAGAAAUAGCAUGCCACGUGACACGUUUAAAUUCAUUUCUUCACACAUCGAAACUUACGAUGUGGGCCAGCCAGAUGAUGUUUGUGAUGAUGCAUCAGACACUUCAGAUGAUGGGGAUGUCGAAGAAAAAGAGGAAGCUGACAACGGACCAGAAGGAGAGUAUUUCAACUGCGCGGAAUAUUCAGAUCGAGAUUUCAGAGAUCUCUCUGAAGAGCAACUCAGGAAAGAUGUCAGAAUCAAAAGGGGCAUAGUUGGUAGUGGAGUUGUUAAAGUCGUCCCUGCAAUAACUCCAAAUGCACACGACAGCUUUUCUAGAAUUAGAGUGAUUUUAGAUAAGUUUAUUUUUAACCUUGUCAACCAAACCUAUUACAAACCUAGUAAUAGUGUUUCGGUUGACGAACAUUUGUGUUCUUAUAAAGGGCAUAUGUGGGCUAAGGUGUUUAUUAAGUCUAAGCCUGGACGUUAUGGUAUAAAGUUUUGGGUUUGUUCUAUUUUUAUUAAAUGA